CACUGCUGUGUUUAUCUGAGGCGCUGCUGCUCUGCCCUGAGUUACAGCCCCGCUUAGCUCCGAACUAGUGUAGCAGAGCCCUGAGCCGGUACCUCCCCGCGCCACGGACAAGUGACGCUGACCCAACCAGAGAAGCACUCUGGUGACCAUGGCCAAGAAAAGGAUUGCUGUGAUUGGAGCAGGAGCAAGCGGGCUCACCUGCAUCAAGUGCUGCCUGGAAGAGGGCUUGGAACCUGUCUGCUUUGAAAGGUCUGGUGACAUCGGAGGACUGUGGAGAUACCAGGAAACCCCUGAGGAAGGCAGGGCCAGUAUUUACCAGUCCGUGGUCAUCAACACCUCCAAGGAAAUGAUGUGUUUCAGUGACUACCCCAUCCCAGAUCAUUACCCUAACUUCAUGCACAACUCCCAGGUCCUAGAGUAUUUCAGGAUGUAUGCCAAAGAAUUUGACCUUCUCAAAUAUAUCCAAUUCAAGACUACAGUGUGCAGCGUGAAGAAGCAGCCUGAUUUCUCUACCUCGGGCCAAUGGCAGGUGGUCACUGAGUGUGAAGGGAAAAAGCAGGUCGAUGUCUUCGAUGGAGUCCUGGUGUGCACGGGUCAUCACACGGAUGCUCACCUGCCCCUGGAAAGCUUUCCUGGAAUUGAAAAGUUCAAAGGAAAGUACUUUCACAGCCGAGACUAUAAGAACCCAGUGGAAUUCACGGGGAAGAGGGUCAUUGUAAUCGGCAUUGGGAAUUCUGGAGGGGAUCUGGCUGUAGAGAUUAGCCACACAGCCAAGCAGGUAUUCCUCAGUACCAGGAGAGGAGCUUGGAUCUUGAACCGUGUAGGCAAGCAUGGAUAUCCUAUUGACAUGCUACUCUCUUCUCGAAUUUUGUACUAUUUGUCAAAAAUCUGUGGUCCAUCACUAAAAAACAACUUUAUGGAAAAACAGAUGAACCAAAGGUUUGAUCAUGAAAUGUUUGGCCUGAAACCUAAACACAGGGCUAUGAGUCAGCAUCCAACGGUGAACGAUGACCUGCCCAAUCGUAUCAUUGCUGGCUUGGUGAAGGUGAAAGGAAAUGUGAAGGAAUUCACAGAGACAGCCGCCAUAUUUGAGGAUGGCUCCAGGGAGGAUGGCAUUGAUGUGGUCAUCUUUGCCACAGGCUACAGCUUUGCCUUUCCUUUUCUUGAGGACUCUGUCAAAGUAGUCAAAAACAAGGUGUCCUUGUACAAAAAGGUCUUUCCACCUAACCUGGAAAAACCAACGCUUGCUAUCAUCGGUUUAAUUCAGCCCUUGGGAGCCAUUAUGCCCAUUUCAGAGCUCCAAGGACGCUGGGCCACUCAAGUGUUCAAAGGGCUAAAGAAAUUGCCCUCACAAAGUGAAAUGAUGGCAGAAAUAAAUAAGACUCGAGAGGAAAUGGCAAAAAGGUAUGUGGACAGCCAGCGUCAUACCAUCCAGGGAGACUAUAUAGACACCAUGGAAGAGAUUGCAGAUUUUGUGGGUGUCAGGCCCAAUAUCCUGCCUCUGUUCUUCACUGACCCCAAGCUGGCAUUGCGGUUACUACUGGGGCCCUGUACUCCAGUCCAGUAUCGCCUACAGGGCCCUGGAAAGUGGGCUGGAGCCCGGGAAACUAUUCUCACCACUGAAGAUCGCAUGCGGAAGCCUCUGAUGACAAGAGUGGUGGAAAGGGACAGCUCUGGGGGAUCACUGGUGACAGUGCGUGUCCUCAUGCUGGCUGUUGCUUUCUUUGCUGUCAUCCUGGCUUAUUUUUAGAUGUGGCAGCACAGUGCUUGAGCUGCCACCGGAAAACGCCAUCUAGCCACACCUUCAGAACCUGAUGAGACUGAACACAGCUUCAUACUGCACAGGAAUCAAUCACAAUCAAUCUCUCUCUCUCUCUCUCUCUCUCUCUCUCUCUCUCUCUCUCUCUC